CUAAUCGAACAAAUAAAUAUUUCUAUAGAUGGAAAAUAAAUUGUUCUACGAGAAUAAAAAUGUAUACACUUAGAACAAAAGUUUGAGCACGUAGAACACAGAUUUGUACGCAUAGAAACAAAAUUUGCACAUUUAGCACCUAGAACAAAUUGCAUGGACUCAAAAAAAAAAGAUAUAUGAAGUAGGAGCUGAAGUCAACUCCAUGAAGAAUAUUGCGAGCAAAUAUUCCGAAUAGGAGGGAAGCGGAGUACAAGGAGCAUAUAUGUAAGGUUUUUCAUGGAAUAUGACAUAUGGCUCUGGUAGGACAUUGCAUAUCACUGGGGAACUUGCCCUUUUAAAUUUUUUUGAAAACAACCUUACAUAUAUGUCUUAGAGCUUUCUGAGAGUUUUGAUUGAACCCAUGGACCCUAUAGACUUGCGCUCAAUGUCAUUUGUGAUUUUCUUCAAAGGGAGAAUGUUUAUGUUUGUAGACAACACAACCUGGAUCCACCAACUUAAGUGAAGUUAAGCUCCGUGACAUACAAGGGUUUAUUAUGAGUAGCGGAGUCCUCAUCCUCAAAGGUAAUGGUCGCUACUUGGUCGAUGUGCAUUGUUUCCAUCAUCUUUCCUUCGGGGCUUGAAAUUCCUCUUGUUUUUCUAGUGCUUGAAUGAGGAAAUAGGAAAAUGAACUCUUUAGUUUAAUGAGCGUGCUCGAACCGACUAAAUAGAAAAACCAUGUUUACGAAAAUUCGUAAUUUUAUCUGGCUCUUUUUCCUGUACUAACUCGAAUAAGCGGUGGAUCACUAUGCUUUGGCCGUUUUUUUCAACAAAAGCAGUGCUGUAGUCAGAAUCUAUGAGUGAAAGCUCGAAGAAAGGGCACUGGAUCUCUAGUCUGGAAAGCGAAUCAGCCCUUAUGGUCCUACCAGGAUACAUGCUACAGAAUAAAUCCCGUUUGCCUUUCUGAAGAUAUAUUUCUUACUUCUAGAGUGAAAAGUUUUUCACUACUUUAUCUUUAUCACAUGUUGUAAUGUAUUGUAAAGCAUCUUGGAAAGCUCUUGAUAUGCUUUCUUCCUACUUACCCGCAUCAGAGCAAGCAGAGGUGGAAUUGAAACAGCAAAGUCAAAGGUCAGAUAUAGCCUUCCCGCGCGGGAUCGCCCUAACUAGUCAUACCGCGCGGGAUCCCUGAUUUUUUUAAGAGUGCCGUGUACUGUUAGGGUGCCUGAAGCAUUUAAUUUACUGCCCUCCAGCUUCCAUCCGCCAAAUUACUCCACUGCUUAAUCACCACACCGGCUAUAAGUAAGCGAGGAGCGCGCGGCAGUGUCUGUAGUGUGCAGUGGGUUAGCUAGCGUCCAGCGCCGAAAGCCCGAAACGUUUCUGCUCGCCGUCGCUGCCAGCCAGGCCCAGCCACCAUGCGGACCAGGGACCAUGACGAUCCCCUCCGCCACCAUGCGCAGGCUCAGGCUGAAGCAGGCCACCGCCGCCUCCAGGGCCUCGCAGGCCGCGGCGCCGGCGCCCGUCCUCCGUCCUCCUCCCGCCGGAGGCGGCGGCGGCAGCGGCGCCCGUGGACCGGCGGGGCGCGUCCACCGGACCCCGCCUUCGUCCGACAAGCGCCAGGCCACCACCGGAGAAGGCGGCAGCAACGGCGGCCGCGACCAGGUGCGCGCAAUCCGGCCGGCGCCGCCGGUUCCAGCCUCCGCCGGCAAGCGCUGCGGAACCGCGCCGCCGGCAUCCGGCCGGGCGGUCCGUGAUCCGCCGCCGAAGGUUCCUAGCGCUCCGCCGGCCGCCGCUGCCGCCGCCGCCGCCGCGGCCGGCGGAAAUGCUGCGGCGGUGGCGGUCGGCCAUAGGGUGCUCGUCCGCACGCCCGUGACGCCCACGCUCGCGGGGCAGCACGUCGUCAUCACUCUCGGCGCCGAGGUGGUCUCCGCGGUGGAGGAGGACGGGGAGAGCUACUUCGAUGUCGUCUUCGACGGCGAGUUCCCGCCCCACGACCCCUCGUCCACCGUGCGCAUUACGAGGGACGAGAUCGUCAUGACCACACCGGCCGCAGCUACCAACCCUUCGCCGUCGAGCGCCACCACCACCUCGACCACCGUACCGGCCCCUGCGCGUCCGGGCAAGAGAGAGGCGGUCGGAUCCGCGGCGGCGUCGUCUCUCCGGGGCGCCGGACAGCAGAGGAGCCUGCAGAUCGUGAGGAGCAAGCGGAGCCGCUACUAGCUUGGCGUACCUUUGAUAUAUGCACCAUUGCUUACUGUAAUGGCGCGGGAGGCUGGAGGCGUAAUCUGUAGACUGUAGCUGUAGGGUGUAGCGAGGUUAUUAGGGCUUUGGUUGGGGAGCUCCCAACGUGUGGGAAGUCUAGCGGUGGGUAAUAAGUGUUGAGCAUGCAUGCAUGGAUCCGGUGGUGGCCUAGUGUCCGAGUCUCUGAGAUGGAGGUCGGCAAUGGCGACGUUGUGGUGGGAGUGGAGUGGCAUGUACACAUGGCUGGUAUGGAAAUGGCGGCGGCACACAAGAGAGGGGGGGAUUAGGUUAGGAAUCCCUUGUGUAUUUUGUGGAUGCUCAUCUGGUCCAACUGAUGCAAUUGAAAUAAUAGAAGUAAAUGUUAGUUUCAGAAAAAGCAAUAAAAAUACAAAUAGACUUUACUAUUAUAAUGUAGCAGAAGAAUCAUAUUUGCUAGAAAAUAAAUUUUCGGUUACUACAAGUCCAGUUGGUGCUAGACUGCUAGAGAGUUGCCUACCGUUUUUCUCGUUAGAAUCAAGCAUGAAGAAUAGAGUCAGGUUGCAGCUCAGGUGGGGCUAGCAGUUCUUCUAUGAGUCCGCGAACCUGCCCCGCAAAAUCAUGGUUUGCGGCUGACGUGGCUCUAGCUGCAAAAUUUUGGUGGCCCGAUGUUGGCCCUGCUAAAACCCAUGGAUGGGAGAACAUCACCACUUAUGCAGUAAGUUGCUAAGUUCUUUGGUGGUUCAUGUUUUUCCAUGUGUAGAAAAGAGGCUGCAUAUGAAGAUCA